UGCAAACGAAAAGGGCCAAUAAGGAUAAGGUUUUGAGAGAGAGAGAGAGAGAGAGAUGGGGAGAAGGUUCCGCGGGAGAGACGGGGUGAUAAUGGCGGCGAUGGUGGCGACGGAAGCCUCCAACGUGGGGAUGAACACUCUCUUCAAAGCGGCCUCUUCCAAGGGCAUGAGCUCCUACACUUUCCUCUUCUACUCUUACGCCUUUGGCUCUCUUCUUCUUCUCCCUUCUCUCUUCUCCUCCCACAGGUCAAGGUCGCUUCCUCCGUUAAGAAUUCUUGGUAAAACUGGGCUUCUUGGGGUAAUAGGAAGCAUAUACUUGGUGACGGGCUACACAGGCAUCAAAUUCAGCUCUCCGACCUUAGCUUCGGCUAUGAGCAACGUUACGCCCGCUUUCACCUUCAUUCUCGCCGUUAUCUUCGGAAUGGAGAAAAUAUCGAUGGGGAGAGAGAGCAGCGUAGCGAAAGUGGUGGGGACAGCGGUGUCGAUAGGAGGAGCUCUUGUCGCCGCUCUCUACAACGGACCGCCGAUCUUCUCCGUCGAAUCUCAGCCGUCCAUUUCCCUCUCUCCGUCGCCGGAAAACUCCAAUUGGGUCGCCGGAGGAGGCCUUCUUGCCAUCAAAGACACCGUCAUCUCUCUCUCUUACAUUCUUCAGGCACAGAUAAUGAGUGAACAACAGUCUCCGUUCACAGUGACAUUCAUUUACUCAGCGAUUGUUUGCAUUUCAAGUGUCUUAGUGAGUGUUAUCGCAGAGAGGAACAAUCCAAGUGCAUGGUCCAUAAGAUUCGACAUAACCUCGAUCUGCAUUAUAACAGCGGGGAUACUGAAUCCAGGAUACUACGUAAUUCACUUGUGGGCGGUGCGUUACAAGGGACCUGUGUACAUAGCUAUAUUCAGGCCGUUGUCUAUCGUGAUCGCGGUAGUCAUGGGGGCGAUUUUUCUUGGUGAUUCUCUCUAUCUCGGAAGUUUGAUCGGAGGGACGUUGAUAUCAAUGGGAUUUUACUCGGUGAUGUGGGGAAAGGCCAAAGAAGAGACAUCCGAAACUGAUGAGACAUCAUCGCCGCCAUGUCUUGAUUCCAAAAAAGCUCCUCUUUUGUCAAACUUAAAAGACAAAACUUUACACAUCUAAGGAUUAGUUAUCCAUACCGACCAAUUGUCUUUUUUUUUAAGACAAAAUCUAUAUAUAUUAAAAGUUGGGUUUGAAGGAUUA